UAAACUUGACCUUUCUCAAAACUCAUAGCAAACUUAUAUUAGACACCAUCCAUGUAGUAUAAUGUUUGAGCAUUUCAUUUCACAAUUUGUUGAUCUCUAAAUCUCUUAAAUAAGGAAAAGAAACAAUGACUAGAAAUUGUUUCUUGUUUCUUUUUGCUUUUGUGAUUCUACUUGCUUUGUUAUCUCCAACUUCAGCCACACUACCGCCAGCAAAAAUUGUUACUGGAGUUGUCUCAAAUGUUGUUUCUUCUCUUCUUAAAUGGAUAUGGUCAUUAAAAUCCAAACCAAAACCAAAACCAGUGCAACAUAGUCGCUCCAUGGUGAAAUUUGAGAGUGGUUACAAUGUGGAAACAAUAUUUGAUGGAAAUAAGGUUGGAAUUGAGCCACAUUCAAUUCAAAUAUCUCCAGAUGGUGAAUUUUUGGUGCUGGAUUCUGAGAAUAGUAACAUCUACAAGAUCUCAAGCCCAAUGUCAAGAUAUAGCAAACCAAAACUUCUUGCUGGAUCACAUGAGGGGUAUAUUGGACACAUAGAUGGAAGGCCUAGAGAUGCAAGACUGAAUCAUCCUAAAGGGCUUACUGUGGAUGAUAGUGGCAAUAUUUACAUUGCAGAUACAUUGAAUAUGGCCAUAAGAAAGAUUAGUGAUGAAGGUGUAACUACUAUUGCAGGUGGAGGAAAAAGGGGCCAAGUAGGAGGCCAUGUUGAUGGUCCAAGUGAAGAUGCUAAGUUUUCAAAUGAUUUUGAUGUAAUUUAUGUUAGUACUACUUGCUCACUUUUAGUAGUUGAUAGAGGAAACCAUGCAAUUAGAGAGAUACAACUCAAUCAACAUGAUUGCACAACUACUUAUAAUGAUGAGUAUGACAAUGACAAUAGUUACCCCUUAGGAAUAGCUGCUCUUGUUUCUUCUGGAUUCUUUGGUUAUAUGUUAGCAUUGCUUGUGAGGAGAGUGAAGGAUAUGUUUUCUUCUCAUGAUAAUUCAAGAGCUCCUAUAAGGACAAAAGGAACACCAUUUGCACCUCCUCCUAAGUCAGUUAGGCCUCCUAUAAUCCCAAGUGAAGAUGAAUUUGAGAAACAAGAUGAGGGUUUCUUUGUUUCACUUGGAAGGCUUUUAGUGAACUCUAGUUCAUCCAUGGGUGAAAUCUUUUUGAGCUUGUUCUUAGGAUCCAAAAAGAAACCACUCUCAUAUCAUCAAUACCAACAACAACAACAACUCCAUUAUGCAAAUAGAAAUUUGAAUUCAUGGCCUAUGCAAGAAAGUUAUGUCAUUCCGGAUGAAGAUGAACCACCUCCUAAUGUAGAAACUAAAACACCUACGCAAAGGAAAGCAUAUCCGUACACAAACAAAGAAUUGGAAAUGUUGGGAAAAAUCAGAGACAACAGUCUAUACGAAUCAAAUAGUUUUCCUCCACCUGUACAGAUAAAUAGACAAACAGAAAAUACAAUUCCACAACGUAAUCAUGCAUACAUGAACAUGUUAGAUAGUGCUUAUGAUGAACAACAACAACAUCGACAUCAUCAACAACAUCAACAACAACAACAUUCUAAGAUGCAACACCAACAACAUCAUCAGGUUCAAACUCGAUACUCUUCGACAACUCCCUCAAGUUACUAUGAGAAGAAUUGUGAGACAAAUGAGAUUGUGUUUGGUGCAGUUCAAGAACAUGAUGGAAGACGCGAGGCUAUGGUGAUAAAGGCGGUGGAUUAUGGAGAUCCUAAAUAUAGUCAUCAUAAUAUUCGUCCUAGAUUAAAUUAUGUUGGUUACUCUCAUAAUUAUUGAAAGAUUAGUUAUUAGUAUGAUGAUCAAACACUUAGUACAUGAAGUGAUAGUAAUGUAUGUUUGUUUUAUAUUAUCUAGCAUAGAAGAAGCUGUACUAAAAGUUUUGAAGGAGAGUUUUACCAAUCAUAUAAUUCUAUUUGAUUUGAA